AUGCUACACCCGCUAAUACAUUUCUUUAUUUUUCUUCCUAUAUUUAUUCUUUCUUCCUUUCUUCCUUCAUUUUUCUUCCUUUUUUUUCUUUCAUUUUUUCUUAGUUAUUUUUCAGCUUUCUCGCUCUCUCACAGACGGGCCGUCGCCUCUCUCUGUCUUUUUUACAAAUACUUUCAUGUCAUAGAUUUUCUUUCUUUCUUUCUUUCUUUCUUUCUUUCUUUCUUUCUCUUCAAGUCCAUUGUUCUUUUCUUUAUUGUAUUUUCCGCUUUCAAUAUUACUUUAUUGUUCUUUCUCCCUUUCUUCACUAAACAUCUAUCUAUCUAUCUAUCUAUCUAUCUAUCUAUCUAUCUAUCUCUCUCUCUCUCUCUCUAUAUAUAUAUAUAUAUAUAUAUAUAUAUAUAUAUAUAUGAUCAUGCGCAUCUAUCUAUCUAUUUAUCUAUCUAUCUAUCUAUCUAUCUUAAACAUCUACCUAUCAGUCCACAAGCAUUUAUCUAUCUAUCAGACCAUGCACAUCUAUCUAUCUAUCUAUCUAUCUAUCUAUCUAUCUAUCUAUCAUCUAUCUAUCUGUUCUUCUCUUCGUAUCUAUCUAUCUAUAUAUCUGUACAUGCACAUCUAUCUAUCUAUCUAUUACGUCCCGUUUAUAUCUAUCUCGUUCCGUUUUUGCGAGCAUUUCAUCAUUUCCUCAUCUUUUCUCUUCAUUAUUUCUCAAAUUAA